AUUCGGAUCCAGGACAAUGGUUAAUAACCCAGAUUUGAUGGGCCAUGUAACGCUACAUCGUAGCCAAGCAACCUAAACUCAGCUCCCCCUCAUUCUGCCAUAAUUGAUACAGGUCAUAAAUUUUCCAGAUCCUUCGGUUCAAGAAGGACCGAGAUAUCCUUUUGAAAGGGGGAAUAUUUAUUAGAUUACUGAGAUGCUGGGAGAGCUAUAGAUCAUGACUGGAAAUACCUACCUCGCAUCAAUCCCAUUUGGGGCGCAAGAGGAAAGAGCAGUAUUGGCGUGAUUGUAACCAAUAAUUCACUUAUUCUGUUAAGAUACAUCAUAAACGCAUGUAAUCACGAGACAACAGUCUUCGUCGAUGCGAUGGUCUCAUUGAGGGUGUUAGCUCUCUCCCUCCUUGCGCGUCAAGCAACGGCAUUCCUGAACGCCACGGAAACCAGCUCCCAAUUUACUCUACAAAAUGACGACUUGUUAGUGGUCAUAAGUAAGAGCAGCGCGGGAGUUUCCAAGCUAGUUCUAGGAAAGCAGGACCUUUUGGGUUCGAGUGGAAGAGGGCCAUACUUGGAUUGCUCUUGUGUUCCCAGCGGUUUCUGGGCCCCCGGAGGUACUGCAAAAUUCCAGCUCUUCAAGGGAGUCGAUACCACCGGAACACCGUACGGAGGUGUCGUGAUGCGAGAUACUUACGCGUCUACGAACCAAACACUAGAACAGUAUUGGUUCUUGCGCGAAGGCGAGACCGGUUUGCAUGUUUUCUCUCGGGCCACAUAUUAUAAUCAGAAGACACCUUUUCUUCGAAACCUUGGUGAACUACGAACACUUUUUAGGCCGAGCACCUCCUUAUGGACUCAUCUCUCCAGCAGUGAAGGCAAUUGGGCACCUUUUCCUUCCUCCCAAGCUAACAGUAAAGCGAUCACGGUCCAAGAUGCCACGACUUAUCUCGGCAAUACAACUAGCGAUCCUCAUGUAAAGCAAUACUCGGACUACUUUACCAAGUAUACUUUUGCUGAGGUUUGGCGAGACCAUGACGUUCAUGGACAAUUCUCGGACGGGUCGACCAGCUCCGACGGAAAUACGUACGGAGCUUGGUUGGUACAUAAUACGAGAGAGACGUAUUAUGGUGGGCCGUUACACUCGGAUCUGGUCGUUGACGGCAUAGUGUACAACUACAUGGUAGCAGGCCAUCACGGCGCCCCUACCCCUAACAUAACACAUGGCUUCGAUCGAACCUGGGGCCCGCAGUAUUAUCACUUCAAUAAGGGAGGGAAGGAUACUACACUUGCAGAACUCCGGGCCGACGCCGCGCAAUAUGCCAAUCCAGAAUGGAACAGCGAAUUCUAUGAUAGCAUUGCUCAGCACGUUCCCAAUUACACCCCAACGUCAAAGCGCACUACAUUCAAAGCCACCAUCAACGUGCCAGAGGAUGGGAAGAGGCCUAUUGCUGUUCUCUCCGAAAAUAAGCAAGAUUUCCAACUGAACGUCUUUGAUAAGUCGAGCCUGCAGUACUGGGCUGAUAUUGAUCCCAAGACUGGAACAGUAGAGAUUCCCAGGGUAAAAGAAGGUACUUACAGAUUGACUGUAUAUGCCGACGGCAUCUUUGGAUGGUUCAUUCAGGAUGACGUCGAAGUUUCAAAAGGCGCGAAGGCAUAUGCUUUCCAGUGGAAGCCAGAAAGUAAAGGCAAAGAAAUCUGGCGAAUCGGCACACCGGACAAAUCAGCGGGGGAGUACAAGCACGGCUAUGCGCUGGAUACGUCGAAACCCUUGCAGCCCGAGCAAUACCGCAUUUACUGGGCUAACUGGGAUUUCCCCACCGACUUUCCGAAUGGCGUCAAUUUCAAGGUCGGAGAGAGCAAAGAAGCCGAAGACUUCAACUAUAUCCACUGGAGCGUAUUCCCAGGCCGUUCUAAUUACUUUCGCUCGCAGCCAUAAGUGGAGCUCGCGGGCGCCAAGACGGCCAACGGCAAUGACAAGUGGGCAUCGCUUCCUAAUGAGAAGUAUUCCAACCUGCCUUACACGGUCGCCGCCAACGGACGGGAUAUCAGCACGUGGAUCAUACCGUCAUACCGUAGCGGUUCGUGCGGUGUCCGAAGUAGCGUGGUCUGUCAGAAUUUUGGAAAUGAGUUCUCGUUUAAGGCGGCAGAGUUUCUGAAAGUGGGGUUGAACGAAUUCACUUUAAGUCUACCCUUCAAUGCGACGGAUACCGAGACGGCCUUAUUGCCGACCACUGUGUACAUACAGUAUGAUGCGUUGAAGUUUGAACUUAGCUAGAAUGUAUAUACUUUAAAUGUAGGACGAUUUAUUGAAAGUUACCUCUUAACGAGGGCUU